AUGAUGAUGCAUGGCCGCAACAACGGCAAGAAGCUUAUGGCAGUGCGCAUCGUCAAGCAUGCCUUUGAAAUCAUCCACCUCCUCACAGACAAGAACCCCAUCCAGGUCUUUGUGGAUGCUGUCAAGAACGGAGGUCCUCGUGAAGACUCCACCCGAGUUGGCUCGGCAGGUGUGGUGCGGCGUCAGGCUGUGGAUGUGUCCCCGCUGCGCCGUGUGAAUCAAGCCAUCUAUCUCAUUUGCACUGGAGCGCGAAACAGUGCCUUCCGAAACAUCAAGUCCAUCGCCGAGUGCCUUGCAGAUGAGAUCAUGAAUUGCGCGAAGGAGUCUUCCAACAGCUACGCCAUCAAGACCUAUGAGGACGUGAUGCUGUCGGACUUGAGCUUGGUGGACUACAUUGCCGUGAGCAAGACUGCGCAGUUGUUCCUCCCCCACACCCAGGGCCGCUACCAGAUGCGACGCUUCAGGAAAGCGUUGUGCCCCAUUGUGGAGCGAUUGGUGUGCUCCAUGAUGAUGCAUGGCCGCAACAACGGCAAGAAGCUUAUGGCAGUGCGCAUCGUCAAGCAUGCCUUUGAAAUCAUCCACCUCCUCACAGACAAGAACCCCAUCCAGGUCUUUGUGGAUGCUGUCAAGAACGGAGGUCCUCGUGAAGACUCCACCCGAGUUGGCUCGGCAGGUGUGGUGCGGCGUCAGGCUGUGGAUGUGUCCCCGCUGCGCCGUGUGAAUCAAGCCAUCUAUCUCAUUUGCACUGGAGCGCGAAACAGUGCCUUCCGAAACAUCAAGUCCAUCGCCGAGUGCCUUGCAGAUGAGAUCAUGAAUUGCGCGAAGGAGUCUUCCAACAGCUACGCCAUCAAGAAGAAGGAUGAGAUUGAGCGCGUGGCCAAGGCCAACCGAUAAGAUUAGCAGCUGCAGCUGUUCGCCGUUCGCCAAGACCAAGCCGAGCCAAUGGAGUUAGCGGAGU